UCGCACGGUAGAUACUGGGCUCGCCUCUGUCACGGUACUGUAAUUUAGGUGAUGGAGAUGCGCACUCUAUGGAUGGGGCUUUACGUUUUUUUUUCUUCUUCUUUCCUUUUCUCUAGAUUUCUGGUUAUGGGUGGUUGUAUGCGAGAGGGCGGGGGUGGUGCAGUGCUAUAGUCUACUCGAGUACCGGUCCCGGUUGCACGACAGUGGCGGGUUUCACGUUAGUCCAAGUACCGUAAGUGUUCACACAGGAAAUGGAUGGAUGGAAUGACAUGGCGCAAUUCCUUCCCUCAACGUCCGACAGAGCACCCGAUCUCGGGACGCACGGGCCAUCGCUCGUUGCUUUGCCCGGAGAAAUGGUGUUGGAUGUGAUGAUGAUGAUGAUGAUGGCGAAGAGGGAGAUGGGGGGGAAUUGCGAUCGACGGUAAAUCAUAGAUUCAGAUUUUCUUCACUUAUCGUUAUUAUAAUAUUAUACCACUUGGGACGGUCGGGUAUGCUCGAGUACGAGUACCGGUACGAGCAGUGUGUAAAUCACGAUAUGCGCGGGGAGGUUGGAAGAGGGGGAGGAGGAUGGGAAGCCGCCGGUCGGAAAUGUGCCCUAUCACGAGCCUCACCGUGAUGGAGAUGUGCUUCUGCGCGUGUAAGUGCUAUACCGGCACUGCACAGCACGAUCGUGCACUCUCUCGCAGUCUACUCCCCCCACCGACUGACUAUCUCCGCAGUAUCCUGCCCUAUUAUGUAUCAGUUUGUAGUGAUCUCUCCUCGAGUAAGGUAAUAGCCUUGCCGGCACCCAGCCAGCCAGCCUCGCACCGUAGUUGAGGAGAAGGACACAAUUCGCUCCUUGGGAAUCACCUGGCGUGCUCCCGCUUUCACCUUCCUUUCCCCCUCUCCAACCGGUUUAUAAUAUCUUCAUUCAUUCACUCUUUCAUUCACUCCUUCCUUUCCUUUCUUUUUUUCCUUUUUUUUUUCCUUUCCUUUUCACUCCCUUUCAUCCACUCCUGCUCUACAAGGACUCGAUAGGAGUAGACUAAGUUACCUCCUCCUUCAUUCGUUCCCAAGGUCAUACAGCUGUUUCCGACAUAUUGGGGACCCUGCUGUGCAAGUACCGUACGGUAUUGCAGUGCUCUGCGGCUUCAGGAGCGCCUGCGGUCAAUCUGAACCAGUCAUACAGUAGGAUUUUCUACAACUCAGCCCACUACGAGCACUCCUCCUGCUUGUCUCACCCUGCAGAAGAACUGCGGUCUCAUACACACGAAGCAACCAAACAACCAAACAACCAAACAAGCUAUCGGAGCCUCCCCAGGUUCCCGGGAUUUCUUGGGGAGGGAUCCCCGUGGGUACUUGUGCCUACCCCCCAACCUCCGCUCUGGGGAAAUAACGAAGAGAGCUCGAGGAAAAAAGAAAAAAAAAUAAAGAGAAGAAGGGAAGUUGAGCGAACACGAUACGGCAGUAAAUCUAAGCAAUUGGGUCUGUUUCGCUCUUUCAGCCCUUACGGAAAGGAGAAAGAGGACUCUAUCGCCAUUUCUAGAGCAGGGAGAGAGAAGAGACACUUCCGGUGUGUAAGAUUAUUAUUUUUACUUUUUUUCUAAUAUUUCUUCUUCUCCAUGCUCCACUGGUUCGCAUCCGUACCAAGACGCCUCACAUCAUCACCUUCCCCUCCUUCCUUCUCUUCUCUUCUCUUCCCUCCCUCCCCGCCCCGUUUGCCGUACCCGCAACCCUUAACGGCGGCUGAAGAAUGUCCGAUCAUCACCAACCCAUGCCCUUCAGCGGCUAACACUCUAGCAGGGAGGCGCUAGAAGGAGAAAAAAAAAAAAAAAAAAAAAUCGGGUAUGGUAAGAGUAGCCCAAUUGCCCAUCUAAGCCCAAUUUUUCUUUUUCCUUUUUGGUGGGAAAAAUCUGUUGUUUUUUUUUCAUUUUUUCGUUCCUUUCCUUCUUGCUUCCAUUGGUCCCCGUGGCCUUUGUACCUUCUAGUUCUCGGAUUUAACCUUUUUUUUUAACAUCAUACGGUAAGCUUCAGCCGGGGAGUUUUUUUUUAAAAAACCCCCCAUUCCUUCUUCAUUCUUUCUCGUCUCUUCCACUCUUUGUCACCGCCCAAACUUCUUCCCGAAGGACUCAACAUCCUGGCUACUCCAAUUUUCUUGUUCCAAGUCGGACGCUAUGGCUGCCAACUCUAUAAAGCUCUUGACGGGCAAUAGCCAUCCUGAUCUGGCCCGGAAAGUUGCGGACAGGUAUGUGUCAUUUCUGCUCAUACAACCUAUGGCGGGCCGCACAAUUGGGUUGGGAUGAAAGCAAAAGCAAAGCGAUGGAAUCCGUGCGCAGUUUUUCUAACCAUUUUCAGACUCGGAAUAGAUCUCACCAAGGUUCUAGUCGUGCAAUACUCGAACCAGGAAACCUCUGUCACCAUUGGCGAAUCCGUGCGGGACGAAGAUGUCUUCAUUAUCCAAUCCGCAGCUCCGGGAGAGGUGAACGACGGGCUCAUGGAACUCUUAAUCAUGAUAAACGCUUGCAAAACAGCGAGCGCCCGGCGAAUCACAGCUGUGAUACCAAACUUCCCGUACGCAAGGCAGGACAAAAAGGACAAGUCCCGGGCGCCCAUUUCGGCGAAAUUAAUCGCAAACAUGUUGCAGACCGCGGGUUGCAAUCACGUCAUCACGAUGGAUCUACAUGCAAGUCAGAUUCAGGGUUUCUUUAAUGUCCCGGUUGACAAGUAGGCUUCCUCCUUUCUUCCCCGCUCCUACCUAUGAUACCUGCCUUGCACUUUCUUUUAGGAGGGGAGGACGGUUUGGGGGGGGGGGGGGUCUGGUUCAUCUAGGGAUGGAAGAGAGACUGAAACAAGGCUUUUUUUUUUUCCCCUUCAUCGGUGUCCUCCACAGUCUCUAUGCCGAGCCUUCCAUGCUACAAUACAUUCGCGAGAACUUCAAUUACCGCAAUGCCGUCAUAGUUUCUCCAGAUGCCGGCGGUGCCAAGAGGUGAGCAUCUUUUAAGGUAUUCCUGCAAUUCGCCUACUCUAACGGCAUGGCAGAGCGACCGCGAUUGCGGACCGCCUGGACCUAAAUUUUGCCCUGAUCCACAAGGAGCGCUCCCGACCAAAUGAAGUGAGCAGAAUGGUCCUGGUUGGCGACGUCCAGAACAAGAUUGCAAUUCUCGUGGAUGACAUGGCAGACACCUGCGGCACGCUUGUAAAGGCUGCGCAAACGCUCAAGAAGCACGGCGCCCAGGAAGUUGUCGCAAUUGUCACGCACGGCAUCCUAUCAGGGAAUGCAAUCGAUAGUAUUAACAAGAGCGAACUGGGUAGGGUAGUGGUUACGAAUACCGUUCCACAUGGCGAGAAGAAGAAGCGGUGCCCAAGGCUUCACACUAUUGACAUUGCUGCCACGGUUCGUUCGCAGUAUUUGAUAUUCCCGGGCUAUAUCUGGGAAUAUACGCUAAUGCGUGAUAUACAGCUCGCCGAGGCAUGCAGAAGGACACAUAACGGUGAAAGUGUUUCGUUCCUCUUCAGCCAUGCCCCGACCUAGGGGUGCCCCAUUGAAGAGGAAAAAAGAAAAAAAGAAAAAAAAGUUCAUAAUGUUUAUUAUACUCCCAGAGAGGCCAUAGUUGCGUCUUGUUUGUCCGUUCGUUACUCCUUGUCAGUCCAUUACUCUCAAGGGUGUAUAGCUGCGUUGUCUGGUCCCUAUCUUUCUUUCUUUCUUUCUUUUCAAACUUUCUUUCCACAAAAGGGGCCCCUGCAUCAAAAUUUUUUUAAAAUAUCAUAGAGUCAUAGUCAUCGAACAACAGACGGCACGAGGAUCGAUCAGGGUCGAAAAGGUCGGUAUCUGAGUCAAGUCGUUAUAGCUAGUGUAUGUUAGUUUUUUUUUUUUUUUUUCAGAAAUCGCAACUCACUCUACUUGUACGAAAGCGGGUAAUGAUUUCAACAUCAGGUUUGACAGAGUGCAGUUAGACCUGACCAAUGGUGGUUUAGUGGUCUGUGUGCGACACGUAUGUAUGUAUGCACUGGUAUGUAUGUAUGUCGUGCUUGACAAUGUUGCCGAUUCUCCCGUGCCGUGGGAUGUACUGUACAUACAUAAGUUACAUGUGCCGUCGGUCGAUCGGCCGGUUAGUCGGUCAAUAACAUAACAGUUAGUUACCGUAAGUCGAGACAAUUGAAACAAAACGGGAUUAGUAAUCAGUGGAGAGAGGAGUGAUCACGGGGGGGGCUUUUUUUACUCGGAGAUGGAAUGCGGAAUCGGAUACGGUAAAGUAUGUGAUGCGUCGAAGUGCGAGGAAGUUGUGUGCACGAGUAGAGUAGUAACCGGCAGCCGGCACCGGUACGACAGCUGUCCAUACGGCGGAGCAACGGCCAGUGGCACCGCACUGUACGAGUACGGUAGCGUAGGGCACUUUAUAUCCAAAAGUUGAGUCAAAAACACGACUUUUUCAGCGCUAUAGUACCGUAACAGACACGAUAAAAUAGAGGAAAGGUAUCAUACCAUACAUCCUGUCACUUAUCGUGGUGCCAUCACACCUGUAUCAUAGCCAAUACGGUACAGUACAGCUCAGUACCGGUACCGGUACGAACUUGUAUCAUACCGUAGUGCCCUCAUGUUAAAUUCCGAUAAUCAUUCCCGUGGCCGUCCGCUGUCGCCGGCGACCUGCCCACCGCCCGCCCGCUGGCCGCUCAACUCCCCUCCACAUG